GCGCGGGGCGGAGCCGCGGAAGCCCCGGACACACGUGGAGCGACUGCGCGUGCGCGGGAGCCCCCCCGGGCCCAGGAUGGCAGGCCGGGGUCGGGGCCGGGGCCGGGGGCAGAUGACAUUCAACGUGGAGGCCGUGGGGAUCGGGAAGGGGGACGCACUACCCCCGCCCACGCUGCAGCCCUCCCCGCUCUUCCCGGCCCUGGAGCACCGCGCUGCGCCCCUGCCAGGGGGGGAGGAGGGCGAGUACAUGCUGGCACUGAAGCAGGAGCUGCGCAGGGCCAUGAGGGGCCUCCCCUACUUCAUCAAACCGGGGGCUCCCCGCAGAGACAUCGAGCGCUACUCAGACAAGUACCAGCUCUCCAGCCCCGUGGACAGCGCCAUCGACUGGAACCCAGACUGGCGGCGGCUCCCGCGGGAGCUGAAGAUCCGGGUGCGGCGGCUGCGGAAAGGCAAGACCACCCCCCUCGUCCCCAAGCAGCGCGUCACGCCCGACAAGGAGGAGACCAUUAAGAAGCUGGAGAGCCUGGAGAAGAAGGAGGAGGAGGUGACGUCGGAGGAGGAAGAGGAGAAGGAGGAGGAAGAAGAGGGCAAGGAGGAGGAGGAGGAGGAGUACGAUGAGGAGGAGCACGAAGAGGAGACCGACUACGUCCUGUCCUACUUCGACAACGGGGAGAGCUUCGGGCCCGACAGCGACGACAACGGGGACGAGGCUGUGUACUGACCCCGGGGACCCCCCCAGAGCGGGGACCCCCCAGCCCCUGGGACCCCGGGGACCCCUGUCACCCCUCCUUGGGCCAUUGGGGUCCCCUGACACCCCCACCUCGGGAUACAGGGGGUCCCCUGUCACCAGCCCCCAAGGCCACUGGGGUCUCCUUUCACCCCCUGCAUUGGGACAUCGGGGUCCUCUGUCACCCCCCCCUUCAAAUCGGGGGUCCCCUGUCACCCCCCCAGGACACCAGUGCCCCCCAUCACCCCCGCUGGGACAUUGGGGUCCCCCGUCACCCGCCUUGGGGACACCCUGUCACUCCCCCCUCCCACCACCAGGUGGCACCGGGGCUCCGGGGAAGGGGGGAGGAGAGGGGCGAGACCCCCCAAAUUUGGGACAUUCCCCCCCCCCCAGGGACUCCCCCGUUUCCCCCAACCCCUUUUACAGCAGCUUUUUUUUUAAACUUUUGUGCUGGUUUUUUUUAAAAAACAAUUUUUGGGUGGAUUAAAGCGGAUUUUGGCGUUUCCAGCUCA